CUGCAGCAUCAUUUGAGGGACGUCCACAUGCAGUGCAGUAGAAAGUGCAGGUGAGGGGAGGAGGAGAAUGCGGGACUUUUUCUUGAAACACUUAACACACAUCCACCGCGGACUCUGGAGGAAUUACUAAAGGCUUUUGUUGGUUCUUCACUAUCCUGCUCUCCAUCUUUCCAUAAGUGGCUAAUUUCCAUGCUUUGGGAAGUCGAACUGAAAAGCUCUCUCUCUCUUUGUCAAGUUAACCGUAAAGGAAUCUAUAAGAGCUUGGCACUCACGCGCAAGACUGCGGGAAAAGCUUUCCUUCCCCCCCUCGCUGUGUUUUGAGGUAAGAGAAAUAUAUACGAUUGGAUAAAGACUUUAAAAGCAGUUUGGCUUAUUCCCAGCCAGCAGCGCAAGCUCUGGGAUGCGAAUGUGAGGGCUGAAUUCACAGACAGAUCUCUUUUGUGUUCUACUGCAUUGCAGUUUAAAACAGAGAAAGCGCGAGAGGAGCCAGCUCUCCACAGCAUAUCAAUGAGCCGGACAAAGUCAUUUAAACUGCUCAAAUUUAAUUCCUGUGUACUCAUAAAAGGCAUAAAGGAAUAUAUCUGUCCGUAAAAGUGGUGUUAAGACUUAUCGCUGAUGCUAAGCUCUUCACAAAGUGGAUGUUUUAUUUUAUCGUGUAGAAAACGUGACUGGGAAACUAAAAGUCUAUCUAAGGCAAUAAAAAAAGAUUAUUGCCGAAGCAGCACAGGACACAUCUACAGAAACUAAUCGGUCUCGAUUUUAGCUGGAGCCUGCCUGCUUUGGAUCGGAGGAAGCUGCAGACAGAGUGUGAAAGAGUGAGAAAAGGAGAGCGAGAGUCAUGGGGAGCUGGAGCCUUGGCGCAGUGCACUCCGCGCGGUGCUACCUCGUGCUCAUCCUGCAGCUGCUGACUCAGCUCCAGCGCGUCAAUUCAGCGCUGCGCUACCGCGUGGCGGAAGAAGGACCGGCCGAUGUGCACAUAGGAAACGUGGCUGCGGACCUGGGGCUGUCCACCUCUGGGAUUGGGACUGGUGAUGUCACUUUUGCUUUGGAAUCUGGCUCUGAAUACUUCAAAAUUGAUAAUGUGACUGGAGAGCUCACUACAGGCAGCCGGAGGAUUGACAGAGAGAAGCUGCCGCAGUGUCAAAUGAUUUUUGAUGAGAAUGAGUGCUUUCUGGACUUUGAGGUGUCAGUCAUAGGUCCGUUGCAGAGUUGGGUGGAUCUGUUUGAGGGGCGAAUUGUAAUAACAGACAUAAAUGACAACACCCCCUCUUUCCCUUCUCCUGUACUCACCCUGUCCGUUGAGGAAAACCGUCCAAUUGGCACUCUGUAUCUCCUUCCUACUGCCACAGACCGUGAUUUUGGCAGCAAUGGCAUUGAUCGCUAUGAGCUCAUCCAAGACAGCAGAGACGGGGGUUCAUCUUUGCGACGACCUGCCAAUGGACCCACAAAUGGGAAUGGUGACCGUAGGAGAGGGUCUGACACAGGUACAGGACCUAGCAGCAGGAGCAGCGUGUUUGAACUGCAAGUUGCCGACACACCUGAUGGACAGAAACAGCCACAGCUAAUUGUCAAAGGCCCUCUAGACCGUGAGGUGCGGGAUUCUUAUGAACUCGUGCUGCGUGUCCGUGAUGGGGGCAACCCAUCGCGCUCCUCACAAGCUCUGUUACGUGUGUCCAUCACAGACGUCAAUGAUAACAGUCCACACUUUGAGAGAGCAGUGUACGAAGCAGAAAUGGCAGAAAACGCCCCACCUGGCACACCUGUCCUGCAGGUGCGUGCCACAGACCGUGACGUCGGCGUGAACGGACAGGUUGAGUAUGUGUUUGGAGCCGCAACGGAAUCAGUGCGGCGCCUCCUCAGGCUGGAUGAAGCUUCAGGUUGGCUAAGUGUUGUGCAUCGCAUUGACCGUGAAGAAGUUUCUCAGCUGCGCUUCACAGUCACAGCCCGUGACCGUGGCCAGCCACCUCGCACUGACCGCACUACAGUCAUUCUCAAUGUAAGGGAUGAAAACGAUAAUGUACCUGUCGUGGAAAUUCGAAAAAUUGGACGUAUUCUUGUGCGUGAUGGUGCCGCAAUGGUUCCAGAGAAUGUGUUGGUGGACACUCCAGUAGCAUUAGUGCAGGUGUCAGACCGUGACCAGGGAGAGAAUGGUGCGGUGACCUGCACUGUGGUGGGGGAUGUUCCAUUCACAUUGAAACCAGCUGGUGAGACAGCCCUACCACCUCCACCAGCCAUGGAUGAUGCCUUUGAAAGAAAUAAAAAGAAAUAUUUUCUCCACACCUCAGCACUGUUGGAUUAUGAAGCUACACGUGAAUAUAGUGUCACUAUCGUUGCAGUGGACUCUGGUAGCCCAAGCCUCUCUAGUAAUAGUUCUCUCCAAGUGCGUGUGGUGGACAUUAACGAUCACACUCCAACUUUUGCCCAAAGCCUUGUGGAGGUCCAUUUUGCUGAGAAUAAUGCCCCAGGGGAACGAGUGGUAACCGUAAUGGCGGCUGAUGCAGACAGUGGCAAAAAUGCAGAGAUUGCAUACUCACUGGAUCCAUCUGUGAAUGGAGCUUUUUACAUAGAUGCCGAUAACGGUGAUAUUCGCGCCACUGGGGCUCUGGAUAGAGAGCAGAGGGAACGGUAUGAAUUUCGUGUCAUAGCUCGAGACAAGGGCACCCCCUCUCUGCAGGGCUCAGCUACCGUUGUAGUCCAGGUCACAGACAGAAACGACAAUGCUCCCAAAUUUGUCCAGGAAGUCUUCACAUUCUAUGUCAAAGAGAACCUGCUCGCCAAUAGCCCUGUCGGCAUGGUUACAGUUACUGAUGCAGACAAAGGAGAGAAUGCAGAGUUGAGACUUUUUGUUGAGGAUGAUGAAGAGGAGGGUGGAGAGGAGAGCAAAGAGGGAAAGCAAGAAGUUUUCACCAUAGAAAAUAACACUGGCACCAUUUUCUCCUCGGCAUCCUUUGACCGUGAGCGACAUAGUGCAUACUCAUUCCGCGUGCGUGCUGUUGAUGGUGGAGAGCCUCCACUGUCUGCCACUGCCACCGUCUCCCUGUUUGUCACUGAUGAAAAUGACAAUUCCCCAUCCAUCACAUCACCCGCUAAUGAAUCAUACACCCUCCUGCCACCAGCUAGUGGGGCCCGGACUGUAGUCCGUACAGUAACAGCCUCUGAUGGCGACAUUGGGUCUAAUGCUGAUCUCCGCUAUGCUCUGGUAGGCGGAAACCCAUUUCAUCUGUUUGAAAUUGGCUCAAGCAGUGGGGUCAUAACCCUGGCAGAGCCCCUGGAGAGAAGACACAGGGGUCUGCACCGCUUGGUGGUCCGGGUCAAUGACAGUGGCGUGCCUUCCCUUUGUGCCACGGCAUUGGUGCAUGUCUUCAUCAAUGAGAGUUUGGCCAACGCUACACUGGUGGAUGCACAGGUGGCCCGCAGCCUUGCUGUUCCUCUGCCUCUGGAUAUUGCAGGUGACCCAGACAGCGAGAGAGCUCUGAGUAAACAGCGCUUGAGCGUUGCCAUUGGAGUCCUAGCCGGUGCUGCCGCCGUUAUUCUGGUGAUCCUCCUGGUGGUUAUGGCACGACAGUGUGGCACCCAGGGUAAGAAUGGCUAUGAGGCUGGCAAGAAGGAACCAGAGGAGGACUUCUUCAGUCCACAGCCUCCCCCUCUACAAGCCCAGGGAUCCCAAAACGAGCGUGGCCGCAAACCACGCAGAGACAAGCGUAACAACGGAAGUGCCAAAUCUGAGCGAUCUCUGUACAGUGGAAUUAUGACAGUGAAUGGCUGUAGACGUGGGGGUGGGGAUGAAGAAGAGGAUGAUGAAGAGGCGAGCAGUGCUAGCGAGAGGAUUGCAGCCCGUUAUUGUGCGGCAGCAGACGGCCACCCCAGUAGUCCAAGACUAAGCACAAGACGUCACCAAUCAAGUCCCGACCUGGCCCGCCACUACAAGUCAAGCUCACCUCUACCUGCAGUGCAUCUACAGCCCAACUUAACACCCGUGGAAGGCAAGAAGCACCAGGCUGUGCAGGAACUGCCCCCCACCAACACCUUCACUGGUAACGGCAUGGGUAACGCAGAUGCCAUGUCGCUCAGCUCAGACCAUUGCUCUGAUUACAGCUGCCAGACUGCCAAGUACAGUAAACAGCCCCUCAGAAGGGUCACGUUUUCGGUGGUGAGUCAGGCUCCUGAUCAAGGCUGCUAUGAUAGUGGGAUGGAGGACUCGGAGACCCCCAGCAGCAAGAGUUCCUCUGGACCCCGACUGGGAUCCUUACCGCUGCCUGAGGAUGGAUACGAAAGGACAACACCAGAAGGAAGUGUAGGCGAGGAGGAACAUGUGGAGAAUGACCCCAGGCAGCUUCCUGACGUGGCUCUGACGGGAAAGUGCACACGAGAGUGUGAUGAGUUUGGUCACUCCGACACCUGCUGGAUGCCUGUGCAACCGUCACCACGGAGACGCAUCGAACCACCCCAGCUCUCCACCUUCGCCUCGCCCGGUGAUAACAACAACAACACAGAGGACGACAGUGACCGCGAGGAAGAUGGAGAUGGAGCCACGGAUAAGAGCAGCGGCGGCAGCGACGAGGUCCGAGAUUCGCUUGUUAAUGGAGAUCCGCUCAGAACGCUCAGCCGCCGGGACCUCAACAGGAACAUGGGCGACCACAACCGCAAUCUCCUGAACCGUAAAAUGACCUCGGCAUCCUAUGACACAUUCAGCAGCGCUGGCUUCGGCCGUCGGCAGGAUGAAGAAGACUCACACCCCCCAGAGGUCAUCCCGCUUACGAGGACGGGGGGCGACUAUAAGACCACCUCGUGCCUCACUCUGUCUCACAGAGAAGUGUACCUGUGAGCUGCAGCUAGCCUCAGGGGGGAAAAGGGGUACCAGAUGACUCCUCCUUGCACCCCUAGACCCCCUGAGCAACUUGGAUCUGCAUUGGAGGAUAAUUGAGAUACUAGUGCAUACCUGUUCAGCAAAGGUCUUCUCCUUGCCAAAAAUUAAUUAUACAUUCAUUUCCCUGGAUCUAAAGUACAUAAAUUAAAGUUGAGGAGAAAAUGUGCAUCAUCUUUUAUUCUUCCAUAAGCUUUGAUGGACUUUGAUGGUGACAUUGUUAAUGGUGAAUGGUUGCAUGUUAGGCCUCUAGUAGACAGGGGGUGCUGUUAGGAAGUGGAGUUUUCCACUCAAUUAGUUCACAUAAGGACACAAACCAAUCAAAGACCACAAUCUAGACAGUCAGUAUGGUUAAUGUAAUAUGAUGUCAUAAAUGGACAACGAAUCAGAUUGUGGCACAUAACAAAAACAGAAUUUACCAUGUAGCUUCAAGAAGAAAGGAUGUCAUAACCCAUCAUAUGGUGAUGCCUAACUAUUUAAUCUAACUAGUUUCAUGUUGCUGUGCCGGUACAGUUAUUGAAUAUGUCACAUGCCAUGUAAAUUCAUUCUUUAGAGACUGAAAUUGUUUCCAGUCGUCCAUGUUUUAUUUAUUUUUUUUUUCAUUUUUUUUUUUUUUUUUUUCUCAUUUGUAAAACUAUUUUUUGUGAAUUUACUGAUGCUUUCAUUACUGGAAUUCUUUACUAUUUCACUUCCGUAAUGGAUUGAUUAUCACAAUGACUGUUAAAUUAACAUCUCAUCAGACCUCAGAGUUUAAAUCAGUCAAAUUACAUAAUGUAACACCCUGUACACAGCACAAACAAGUGCACACACACAAAUGCUUACAAACAGACACAAUAUACAUAUUUUCUGUCUGUAUCAAUUUACAUGUAGGUGUGUGUGUACAUGUGUGUAUGUAGAAAAAGACUGACAAUUUUGGCAUACCUGAGGUUUUAUUAAGGAAACUUUUUUUUAAAGUAGCUGUAGCAUUUUUGCCUGCUUGAUCUUCAACUAGUAUAUAAGACACUGACGUGUAUUUGUAUAACUAAUCAUCUGUGUAAAGUGCAUACACAGGGGCAUUAUACAGUGUUUAGAUACAUUUAUACUACAGUAUACUAUAAGCAACGAAAAUACUGUAUCUCAUCCCUUUUAAGUAGAGCUCAUAUGUAAACCAAAUUUCUUUAAAUGCAACACUGCAUGACAAUAAGCUAAUGCUUAUUUUGUUAAACAAGAAUCAGAUUUUUUGUUGUUUUUCGGAGGAUAUAAUAUCCACUUUAGGAGUGGAGUGUGUGAGUGUGAGAAUGUGUAUGAAUGUGAAGCCAGAUUAUUGUGUAAGAAUGUCUUAUGAAUCGAAGGAGGACCGCAGUUUUUAACUUAGCUUGAAAUGUCCCUCAAAAAGUGAUGAAUGACACACCAUAGUGUUCGAAACCAAGCAUACAAUUCAAAUAUAGGCAAAUACCAGGUAUUAUUACAGUUAAAUGACUCAAGACAGUUUAAUGAGUCUUUAUUAAUCUUGUAUGACAGCCGUGACCUGGUCGGUCUCCGGCAUUGCGUGUCGUCUUAUCAGGCCUCUGGAAGUUUAACAAGGAACUGUGGAAUGGAUUUUUUUAGCUCUUGUUAUGCAUUGUAAGUACAAUCUGAUUGAUUAAACAAAACAUGUAUUUCACCUCUCAGGAAACUUGAAAUUCAGCGUGUGUCCUUGGCCCAUUAUCAACACUGAGCUUUAGUUUGUGCUCUGCCUCUGAUUGAUUUGUCCUCACAAGGCCAUAAUUUGGGGAGCCUGUUUUCUUGGCCUUUCUGUUUUUUGUUUUUAAGACACACUGUCUCUCUCUCUCUCUCUCUCUCUCUCUCAACGGUGUCUGAAAUGUGUUUCCUGGUUGUCCAUGGUGAAAAUCGCAAAGUCAUACCUUUCACUUCACAGAACAGCCUUGGGUCUGGAGCACGACUGGUGGACUCCAGUCCAUCUAUGCCAAAAUCUAUGUUUUAUUGGAAACACUGGUGCACAAACUUACCUGAAAAAGACUAGCCCAGAACUUGCAGUUCAGUGCCUGGAUGUGGGGAAAUUGUGGAACUGGACUAUACUCCGUUGAACAGGGUUUGUGAAACCGGGACCAGGAGGACUCGAGAGAGGGAUUCUGUCUCUAAAGAUGUUUCCUUUGCCAGGUUUAUAGGCUAAAUAUGCUGUUAUACAGCAGUCUGUAAGUAGUGUACAGAAUGGGGUGCAUAACGGAGUAUGUAUGUGAAAUGGUGUGUCUUUUUACUGCACGUUUACCUAACAGUUCUCACUUACUGCAAAAUGGGGAGGGGACGGGUAGGUUAAAAGAACAUUAUGUCUAAAGCAAAACAUUCACUUGGACUUUUUUAUGCGCUCAACACUAAACUCAUGUACUCGCCCAACAUCUGCCAUUUUACUGCUACCCUGUAGAGAAAUGACCACUGAACUUUGAACCUGAAAGGCAUGUUGACGGUCUUUAAUCUCGCACCUUUGAGGAAUUUUUUUGCAUUAUUAUUUCUCUGUUUUAAUGCAGUGUGAAAGAAGAGUUUCUGAAGCUCUUCUCAUGGAAUUAAUGAACUCAUUGAAUUUGUCAUGACAAAUAACAAAUCAAAAGGGGUUUGGAAUGGUUUGAAAGAUUUAGAUAUGUGACAUGUAAAAUUUUGAUUUCGACAUUAAACACCUUUAAACCGUAUCCUGAUUUUCUGCAUUCAUCAACAUAUGAAACUCUAUAACAUGUUUUUGCACAUGGAUUGAUCGCCAUUACUGAAGUCCAUACAACACUGAUGAAUUGGUUUCUUUUUAAAAGCCUGCCCCCUACUGGUACAGAGAAAAUUGACAAUCAUUUUACACUUGACAAAACCGACCGAGGUUGAUCUCUCUUAAUAUCUUCUCAAAAAAUGUUGUUUAAUUUGUGUGUGUGUGUAUAUAUAUAUAUAUAUAUAUAUAUAUAUACACAACACAUUUUUUGGUCUGUCUAAGGGCUUUUAACACUUGAAAUUGUUGACCCAGGGACUGGGUUAUCAGAUUUUGGCAUUUGACACUACAUUUGUGAGCCCUGGGAUAAAAUUCCCAUUUGGAAGGUUAAUUUGAUUGGACAAGGACAAUAACUGCUUAACCAUCAGUGGAAAUGUCACAAUG